AUGACCUUUAGUGAGAAACUGUAUCUGAAAGUUGUUAAUAGCUGGCUCAAGGGUACCAACGGUAGUAGCAGCAGCGGCUCGUGCGUUGUUACCUUGGGCCCAUUGCUCGAGCAGGUAAAAAGGGGACACGGUAGGCCCGUAGUUACCGGCAAGGGCGUGGGAAUCAGGGAGAGGAAGAUGGCGGAAGAAGAGGAGAAGAAGGAGGCGGAAAGAGCCAGGCUGGAAAAGGAGGUACAGGCCAUUCUGGACGCUGGCAUGUUCCGAUCCAUAGGAGACAGGCGCCCGAUGGAAGAGGUGUUCCGGGACAGCGCCGCGAAAGAGCUUCUGAGAGAAGCCAAGGUGUGUAAGCUGGCCUCGGAGGUAGGUCGCGCCCUGGGCACGAUUCGGCUGGUCUCACGGAGGUCUAACACCCUGAAAGGGACUUUCGUGGGAGCGCUGAAUCGUGCCAUGGGAAUCUCCGAGGCCGUGCUCACCACCCUAAUGGCCAGGGUGACCAGCAGAGAGAAGGAUGGGGAUAUCACCCUGGCUGAAAAGGAGGCGGAAGAACUCCGUAUGGAGUUAAAGAAGGUAAGGGUGGAGAACAGGCGACUAGCGGAGGAGCUGGAAUCGACAAAGCGACAAGUCGCUUCGGCGAUUCCCAUGGCUCCUCCGGCGGCUGCCUCUUCUCCACCGGGCCAUAGGAGAUCCUAUGCGGAGGUGAUGGGAGGAUCGUCGGCUGCGACGAGCGAGGAAGGAGAGAGAAUUAGAGAGGAGAGGAAGAGGAGAACAAAGAAGCUGAAGAAGAAGAGGAGGAGAAUAGCCUCUUCCUCCACUCCCACCUCCAUUAGGACAGCGGGGAAGGAAGGCGGAGAGUCGGACAUCCCAUCACUGGACGACAAUAUGGAGGAGAUGAAGGACCCUCCUCCCCCCAAGGAAAGGAUGAGAGGAGUGGAGAGGGAGCUGGACGCCGCCAUGGAGGUCCAGUUCCCGGACUGCGGCUGCAGGGCGGAGGUUGACCGGCUCAAAGCUAUGGUCGACCGCCUUGCGGCUGCCGGUUCAGGAGACGGGGCGGUGGCGGUGGGGAUUCCGGCACCUACCGUCCCUGCAGGACCGGGAAACGAGAAGAGUGGGAGACGGGAAGCGGCCUCUCCUAAGGAGGAACGCACAGUCCCUGAGGUGCCUAGAGGAAAAGGUAAGGGGAAAAAGGAGAGAAAGGAGGAGAAUAAAAAGAGAAGGAAGGCCAGGGUCAAGCUGAUGAAGGAGGAAGAGGAGAAGAGGAGGAGAAGACGGGAAGGAGGUAAGGGCACGGCAGCCAAGGACAUUAUGGAAGCAGGAUGGGACCCGACCCAGAAGACACUGCUGAAGGCGCUUCUGCCCACCCAGGGGCCAAAGGAGACAUGGUCCUAG